GGGCCUGCUCGGAGGGCAGGGAGCGCGAGCCGUGGGGUCCCGCCCGGCCGCGACGGAUUGUUCGUGUUUAUUGGCAGGUGACCAGCUCUGGGUCCCCCGGGGCGGGUGGCCGGGGCCAUCUUUUCGCCCCUCCCCUCCGAUGUUUUUGUUGCCAGAACGCCGGAACCCUGCGGAGGAGCCUUUCUUGAGGGUUUUUCAUCUCUGGGACGUCGGUGUCCGUCUUAGGUUCGCGCAUCCGAUUUCGGUGGAUGGUCUAGAACCGCCGAGCUGCCCCGAAGGCUUUGCCCGCGGCCAGGCGAGCGCACCGCCUACUGUAUCUUUAAUAGCCUGGAGACCUAGGCACCUGCCGUUCUUCUGUCUCUGUGAAUCUGACUCUUCCAGAACUUCACUGAAGUGGAAUCCUAGAGGAUUGUCAGCGCGGAGCCUGCUCACGAACCGUGAGAUUGUGACCCGAGCCGAAGUCAGACACUCAACCAACCCAGCCACCCAGAUGCUCCUCAGACCCUCCAUUAAGGCUGAAUCGUACUCCGUGUUACCUAGGGUAUGAAUUAAUACAGACUUGGAAACUGAAAGAACUUAGAAUCAGCAUUUUGAGAGCAGAAGCUUGGGCAUGCUGUGAUUUUCCAAUAAACUGCUAUCACAAUGUCAAAACGCAGCUCAGACAGCAGCGACGCAGAGAUCUCACACAUUAACACGUAAGCUGCGCCAGCGCAGAAUGCAGUGAGAGGAGCCCUGGAUGAACGGCAGCCCUGCUUCGCGGCCGCUCAGCAUGGCGGGCCUGCAGCUCGUGACCCCCGCCUCCUCGCCAAUGGGCCCUUUCUUCGGACUGCCGUGGCAACAAGAAGCGAUCCAUGAUAACAUUUAUACGCCGAGAAAAUAUCAGGUGGAACUGCUCGAAGCGGCUCUGGAUCAUAACACCAUCGUCUGUUUAAACACUGGCUCAGGGAAGACCUUUAUUGCAGUGCUGCUCACUAAAGAGCUGUCCUACCAGAUCCGGGGGGACUUCAACAGAAACGAGAAAAGGACAGUGUUCUUGGUCAACUCCGCACACCAGGUCGCUCAGCAAGUGUCAGCUGUGAGAACUCAUUCGGAUCUCAAGGUUGGGGAGUACUCAGACCUAGAAGUGAAUGCGUCUUGGACGAAAGAGAAAUGGAACCAAGAGUUUACUAAGCACCAGGUUCUCGUUAUGACUUGCUAUGUCGCCUUGAAUGUUUUGAAAAAUGGUUACCUGUCGCUGUCAGACAUUAACCUGUUGGUGUUUGAUGAGUGCCACCUUGCGAUCCUAGAUCACCCCUACCGAGAGAUCAUGAAGCUCUGUGAAAAUUGUCCCUCGUGUCCUCGUAUUUUGGGACUAACUGCUUCCAUUUUAAAUGGGAAAUGCGAUCCCGAGGAAUUGGAAGAAAAGAUCCAGAAGCUGGAGGAAAUCCUCAAGAGUAAUGCCGAGACCGCAACGGACCUGGUGGUCCUCGACAGGUACACUUCUCAGCCAUGUGAGAUUGUGGUGGACUGUGGGCCGUUCACAGACAGAAGCGGCCUCUACGGCCGCCUGCUGCAGGAGCUGGAGGAGGCGCUCAGCUUCAUCAACGACUGUAACGUAUCUGCGCAUUCGAAGGAGAGGGACUCGACUUUGAUUUCUAAACAGAUCCUGUCCGACUGCCGCGCCGUGUUGGUGGUCCUGGGCCCCUGGUGCGCGGACAAGGUCGCCGGCAUGAUGGUCCGGGAGCUGCAGAAGUACAUCAAGCACGAGCAGGAGGAGCUGCGCAGGAAGUUCCUGUUGUUCACAGACACCUUCCUGAGGAAGAUCCACGCACUGUGUGAAGAGCACUUCUCUCCUGCCUCCCUCGACCUGAAAUUCGUGACCCCGAAAGUCAUCAAGCUGCUCGAAAUCUUGCGCAAGUACAAGCCGUACGAGCGGCAGCAGUUCGAGAGCGUCGAGUGGUACAACAACAGGAACCAGGAUAACUACGUGUCCUGGAGCGACUCCGAGGACGACGAGGACGACGAGGAGCUCGAGGAGAAGGAGAAGCCGGAGACCAGCUUCCCGUCUCCGUUCACCAACAUCCUGUGCGGGAUCAUCUUUGUGGAAAGAAGGUACACCGCCGUUGUCUUAAACAGAUUGAUAAAGGAAGCUGGCAAACAAGACCCAGAGCUGGCUUACAUCAGCAGCAAUUUUAUAACUGGACAUGGCAUUGGAAAGAAUCAGCCUCGUAACAAACAGAUGGAAGCAGAAUUCAGAAAACAGGAAGAGGUACUUAGGAAAUUUCGGGCACAUGAGACCAACCUGCUUAUUGCAACAAGUAUUGUGGAAGAGGGUGUCGACAUACCAAAAUGCAACUUGGUGGUGCGUUUCGAUUUACCCACAGAGUAUCGAUCCUACGUUCAGUCUAAGGGAAGGGCAAGGGCCCCGAUCUCUAAUUACAUAAUGCUAGCGGAUACAGACAAAAUAAAAAGUUUUGAAGAGGACCUUAAGACAUACAAAGCUAUCGAAAAGAUCUUGAGAAACAAGUGUUCCAAGUCCGUCGACACGGGCGAGGCUGACAUUGAACCUGUCGUGGAUGAUGACGACGUGUUUCCACCGUACGUGCUGCGGCCCGAUGACGGUGGUCCCCGGGUCACUAUCAACACGGCCAUUGGACACAUCAACAGAUACUGUGCUAGAUUACCAAGUGAUCCGUUUACUCAUCUAGCUCCUAAAUGUAGAACUCGAGAGUUGCCUGAUGGUACAUUUUAUUCAACUCUUUAUCUGCCAAUUAACUCACCUCUUCGAGCCUCCAUUGUUGGCCCUCCGAUGAGCUGCGUCCGGCUGGCCGAGCGGGCCGUCGCUCUCAUCUGCUGUGAAAAACUGCACAAGAUCGGGGAACUGGAUGACCAUUUGAUGCCAGUUGGGAAAGAGACAGUUAAAUACGAAGAAGAGCUUGAUUUACACGACGAAGAAGAGACCAGUGUUCCAGGAAGACCAGGUUCCACCAAACGAAGGCAGUGCUACCCCAAAGCGAUUCCAGAAUGUCUGAGGGAUAGCUAUCCCAAACCUGAUCAGCCCUGUUACCUGUACGUGAUAGGAAUGGUUCUGACGACACCGUUACCGGACGAACUCAACUUCAGGAGACGGAAGCUCUACCCUCCGGAAGACACCACGAGGUGCUUCGGGAUCCUGACGGCCAAGCCCAUACCUCAGAUCCCGCACUUUCCUGUGUACACACGCUCCGGAGAGGUCACCAUAUCCAUUGAGUUGAGGAAGUCUGGUUUCACGCUGUCUCUCCAGAUGCUUGAGUUGAUUACGAGACUGCACCAGUACCUCUUCUCCCAUAUUCUUCGGCUUGAAAAACCCGCACUAGAAUUUAAACCCACAGACGCUGAUUCAGCCUACUGUGUUCUACCUCUUAACGUUGUGAAUGACUCCAGCACUUUGGACAUUGACUUUAAAUUCAUGGAAGAUAUCGAGAAGUCUGAGGCUCGCAUAGGCAUUCCCAGCACAAAGUAUUCAAAAGAAACACCCUUUGUUUUUAAAUUAGAAGAUUACCAGGACGCCGUUAUCAUUCCGAGAUACCGCAAUUUUGAUCAGCCUCAUCGAUUUUAUGUAGCUGAUGUGUACACUGAUCUCACCCCACUGAGUAAAUUUCCUUCCCCUGAGUAUGAAACGUUUGCAGAAUAUUAUAAAACAAAGUAUAACCUUGACCUGACCAAUCUCAACCAGCCACUGCUGGAUGUGGACCACACAUCUUCGAGACUUAAUCUCCUGACACCUCGCCAUUUGAAUCAGAAGGGGAAAGCCCUCCCGCUGAGCAGUGCUGAGAAGAGAAAAGCCAAGUGGGAGAGUCUGCAGAACAAACAGAUACUGGUUCCAGAGCUCUGCGCCAUCCAUCCGAUCCCAGCAUCGCUGUGGAGAAAAGCGGUCUGUCUCCCGAGCAUCCUCUACCGCCUUCACUGCCUUCUGACCGCAGAGGAGCUCAGAGCCCAGACGGCCAGCGACGCCGGCGUGGGCGUCCGGUCACUUCCCGUGGAUUGCAGAUACCCUAACCUAGACUUCGGGUGGAAGAAAUCUAUUGACAGCAAAUCUUUCAUCUCAAUUGCAAACUCCUCUUCGGCCGAGAACGAGAAUUACUGUAAGCACAGCACACUUGUAGUCCCUGAACAUGCUGCACGUCAAGGUGCUACUAGAACCUCCUCUCUAGAGAAUCGUGACCAAAUGUCUGUGAACCGCAGAACGCUCUUCGGCGAGUCGUCCGGGACGCGCCACGUCGAGGCCUCGACAGACCUCACGGCGAUGAACGGUCUCUCUUACCAUAAAACCCUUGCCAAUGGCCGUUGCGAUCUGGCUAACAGAGACUGUUGCCAAGUGAGUCAGCCGAGUUACUACAAGCAGGAAGUGCCCGGACAACCAACUACCUCAUACCCCGUGUACAGUUACGAGAACCAGCCCAAGCCCAGCGAUGAAUGUACUCUCCUGAGUAAUAAAUACCUAGAUGGAAACGCGAACACAUCUACCUCAGAGGGAAGUCCCGCAGCCGCCCUGACGCCCGGUACUCGCGAUGCUGCCCCCGCGGCCCGGGACGGGAGGGCUUCUGCGCCGAGCCUUGGUGCCGGCUACUCCUCCAGGACUCUGGGCCCGAACCCGGGACUUAUUCUGCAGGCUCUGACCCUCUCCAACGCCAGCGAUGGCUUUAACCUGGAGCGGCUCGAAAUGCUUGGCGACUCCUUCCUGAAGCACGCCAUCACCACCUAUCUCUUUUGCACUUACCCCGACGCUCACGAGGGCCGCCUUUCCUACAUGAGAAGCAAAAAGGUCAGCAACUGUAACUUGUACCGGCUUGGAAAGAAGAAGGGGCUGCCCAGCCGCAUGGUGGUGUCCAUAUUCGAUCCCCCUGUGAACUGGCUUCCUCCUGGUUACGUAGUAAACCAAGACAAAAGUAACACAGAGAAAUGGGAAAAAGAUGAAAUGACAAAAGACUGCAUGUUGGCCAACGGCAAACCGGGCCCGGACCUGGAGGAGGAGGAGGAGGAGGACGGGGAGCUGAUGUGGAAGGCCCCGAGGGAGGACGCCGAUUUCGAGGACGACCUCCUGGAGUACGACCAGGAGCACAUCAAGUUCAUCGACAGCAUGUUAAUGGGGUCCGGAGCGUUCGUCAAGAAGAUCUCUCUGUCCCCGUUUGCCACCACCGUCUCCGCGUACGAGUGGAAGAUGCCCAAAAAGCCCUCCUUGGGGAGCGUGCCCUUCUCCUCCGAUUUCGAGGACUUUGACUACAGCUCCUGGGACGCCAUGUGCUACCUGGACCCCAGCAAAGCCGUGGAAGAGGACGACUUCGUGGUGGGGUUCUGGAACCCGUCGGAAGAAAACUGCGGCGUUGACUCGGGGAAGCAGUCCAUCUCGUACGACCUGCACACGGAGCAGUGCAUCGCGGACAAGAGCAUCGCCGACUGCGUGGAGGCCCUGCUGGGCUGCUACCUGACCAGCUGCGGGGAGCGGGCCGCCCAGCUCUUCCUCUGCUCCCUGGGGCUGAAGGUGCUCCCGGGGACGAAGCGGACCGCCCGGGAGCCGGCCGGCAGCCAGCAGAAGGCCCUUCCAGGGGCCCGGGCCGUGGCCUCGGGGGCCGGCUCCCGCUCCUCGCUGUCGAAAGACCUGGAGUACGGGUGUUUGAAGAUUCCCCCGAGGUGUAUGUUUGAUCAUCCAGACGCAGACAAAACACUGAAUCACCUGAUCUCAGGUUUCGAGAAUUUCGAAAAGAAAAUCAACUACAGGUUCAAGAAUAAGGCUUACCUUCUGCAGGCUUUCACACACGCCUCCUACCACUACAACACCAUCACUGAUUGCUACCAGCGCCUGGAGUUCCUGGGAGACGCGAUUCUGGACUACCUCAUAACCAAGCACCUGUACGAAGACCCGCGGCAGCACUCCCCGGGCGUGCUGACCGACCUGCGGUCCGCGCUGGUCAACAACACCAUCUUCGCGUCGCUGGCGGUCAAGCACGACUACCACAAGUACUUCAAGGCCGUGUCCCCCGAGCUCUUCCACGUCAUCGACGACUUCGUGCAGUUCCAGCUCGAGAAGGACGAGAUGCAGGGCAUGGACUCGGAGCUUAGGAGGUCCGAGGAGGAUGAAGAGAAGGAGGAGGACAUCGAGGUCCCGAAGGCCAUGGGGGACAUUUUCGAGUCGCUCGCGGGCGCCAUCUACAUGGACAGCGGGAUGUCCCUGGAGACGGUCUGGCGCGUGUACUCGCCCAUGAUGCGGCCGCUGAUAGAAAAAUUUUCUGCGAAUGUGCCCCGUUCCCCUGUGCGAGAAUUGCUUGAAAUGGAACCAGAAACUGCCAAAUUUAGCCCGGCGGAGAGAACGUACGACGGCAAGGUCAGAGUCACUGUGGAGGUUGUAGGGAAGGGGAAGUUCAAAGGCGUGGGCCGGAGCUACAGGAUUGCCAAGUCUGCGGCAGCAAGAAGAGCCCUUCGCAGCCUCAAAGCCAAUCAACCUCAGGUUCCCAACAGCUGAAGCCCCUUUUUAGAAUGAGAAAAGCAAAAAGCAGAAUGAAGGGGGAAACUAUUUAAAUUGAGAAGGAUUGAUUAAACGUCGGUAGCGAUGAGUGGAAUGAAUCGAAGGCAGAAUUUACAGUUUGUUUGAUAACAAGAUAGAUUACAGAAUAAAGCGUUUAACAUAUGUGUAAAAAUUUUGGAACUAAUUGUAGUUUUAGUUUUUUGCGCAAACACAAUCUUGUCUUCUUUCCUCACUUCUGCUUUGUUUAAAUCACAAGAGUGCUUUAAUGAUGACAUUUAGUAAGUGUUCAGAAUAAUUAUAGACAGUUCUUUUUUUGUUUGGUUGUUUUGUUUGUUUGGAUUUUUUUUUUCCCUUAAAACGUCGUUUUUAAGUUCCGUCAGCUUCGCUUAGUGGUCGGAGGCCCAGGAGCUCACGGCUGAGGCAGCCCCUGGAUUCCGGGGGGCGCCCUCCCCUCCUCGGCGUGGGCCCCCGGGGGCCUGUGCGCCCAGGAGAACGGUGCGGUUUGCCAGAGGACAAGGGUGCCCACAUCGUCUUUUCGCUCCACACCCUGUCGUGUGAGAUGCUGUCUCCCGGUCGCCGUCACACUGAACAGAUCGUAAGGGACAGAUUGCUCGUAAACGUUGGCUGGCAUGUUGGCGAAUCACACUGUCGUUUUCUCAUGCCACCGAGUCACGCAUAGGAAAGGUCCUUGCCUUAAAAGUGAAGCCUCAUGGAUGUCCUUUUAGUUUCUGAUCCGUUUGGAACAAACUACCUUACAUUCCCUCCGUUUUUCCCUGCAUUUGGAUGUUGAGACCGUGUGAUACUCGCAACUCACUAGGGUGGUUGUGACUUGACUUGUUACAGGAUCACAUCAGAGUCUGUCAGAUGUGUGCUGAAGGCGUCUUGAAAGCCAGGAUAUGUAUGUAGUCCAUGGGUUUUUUUUAAGCACCGUAAUAAAAAAUGAUCUUUGGCUAAAUACCCAGUUUUGCUAAAAAAUCUCCUGCUAGGUGGGCAGCUCCACUAACGGAAACUGUUUGUGGCAAAGCGUUUUUGCCCUGCAGGCUGUCACCCUAACAAGAUCAACUUUAGACAUAUCACACCUCAGAUAUGCUGCAGAUUUUAUAAGUGAUUGGUUACUUAUUUAAAGAAGCAAAACAGAGCACCUUUACCCUUAGUCUCUUUUCACGAAAACGUCUUCCUGGCCUUUUCACAGUGUUGCAUGCGUAUCUCACCUACCAAAGCCGUGCUCUGAGUGCUACGGGAGCGGGACAUUUGCGAUAAACUGCCGUAAUUUUGAUACAUCUGUGAUUUAGGUCAUUAAUUUAGAUAAACAAGCUCGUUCUUUCCAUCUUUGGAAAAGGAAAAAAAAAAAAGACAUUUUUAGGCGUUUGCCGGUUUCUUUAGUUGGACUUGUAGGCACUCUUCACCUAAAUACCUCAGUUCUUUUCUUUUGCAUGCAUUUUUCCCGUGUUUGGUGCUAUGUUUAUGUAUUAUGCUUGAAAUUUUAAUUUUUUUUGCACUGUAACUAUAAUACCUCUUAAUUUACCUGUUUAAAAAGCUGUGGGUCAGUCUCGCCCUCCCACCGACAUACCCAUAGAGGUCGGCUGCGAUUUGCCCUGUUAAUUGUGCUUAAAGUUCAAGGAUGCUGAGCAGAGGGGUCUAAUGUUUCCCAGCACAUUCUCUUGAACUUGAUGCUUCGUGUAAUGCUGCGUUUUUGUUUUAAAUUACAGUCAAAUACUGUACUUCUUGCUUUAUCUGCACUGCCCUACCCCCAGCCCCAGAGAAACACCUCUGCACACGUGCACAGAGAAAACCGUCCCCUCCGCUUUCCACGGAGACCUGGGUGAAGGGGACGUUAAGUAUCUCAAACGUUAUUUGUCGUCUGCGAUCCGGUUAAAUUGAUCUAAAUUAUCCAGUGACUUCUUGAGCAAAUUGAUUUUGGUAGACUCAUUUUGAAAAUGCUUCUUUCCGAUUUGGAACCUUAGCUUUCUAUUCGGUUUGAAACAAAAAAAAAAAAAACAAAAAACAAAAAACCUCAGCGUCACAUCUCCUAGCAAGUUAACGCCAAGCAACUCUCGAAUUAUAUUAACUGUAAACGUGUACAGUUAACGAGUCAGGCUGGAUGUGAGUUUCCUCGUGAGGGUGACUUUGUGAUAAAGUUCUAUCACGAAUCUCUUCUGAGUUUAUAAACUACCUGAUGCCGGGAGCCGGGGGCUUUGCGUUGUGCCUGACGCACUAAUCCCCGCGUUAAGGGCCUCCCGGCACCAAAACCAGAUUGUUUCACAGUUACAAUUCCCAACUCCGGUUGGGAGGAAAACGCCUCAAUAUAUUUUGUAACCUUAAGAAGAGUAUUUUUUGUUAAAACUAAAAAAAGUUCAGACUCGGAUAUGAUUAGGUCAUACGUUCUCAGGGGUUCAAAUUUCCUGCUACCGCGAAAAAUGUUUUAUCAACAGCAGCCUUCAGCUAAUUCCUUUUUUCUGUUGUUGGAGAAAGAUCUCGUAUUUUAAUUUGUGACUCCCCCUCGGACGCGCUCUGUGAUGCCCUGGUUUACGAAGUCAAAACAAUAAAAGCUCUCGAGUUAGGCAAAUGAGAUGGUGAGGAACGCUUUCGUGCUGCUGAGUUUUAAUGCCUAAAGUCCCCCGCAUCCACUCCCCCCCCAGUUUAGCCUGUUGAAAUGUUUGGCAUCCAUUAAUUAAGGAAGAAAGUCACCCUGUGUCCCCCCACUGGCCGUGGGCGUGUGUCAUCCCUUUGUUCCCGGGGAUUGCACCGUGAGAGUGAAUGUAAGGGGGGUGGGGGGGGUCUUGAAGAAACAGCUGCAGAAGCCCCUUACGAUGAUUGUGUGGAGGUUAGUGGGCACGAACCUCCAUUGUAACGAUCUCUCCUUCCCCUCACGGUCUGCUUUCCACGGUCCUAACUAUGCUGCAUUUUGUAAUGGCUUUUUGUCCGUUCUGUUCGUGCGGCGCAGAGAAGCGUUGCACUUCGUACCGUUGCUUUACCUCAUUUCAAGGAAAACCUGCUUCCCGGAGAGGGGGGAAAAAGAAAAAAAAGACGUGGUUUGGCCUCGCUGCUGUUUUGAUUUGCUGGAUUUGAAAAAGAUGAUGAUAAUGCCUGUGAUGUGUCAUACUCCCCCAACCGAAAUAGGUCAGUUUGUUUUUUUGUCUGUGGCAUUUGUUUUUAGUGUUCGUGCAUGACGGAGACCUGUUAACUGAACUCCUAGGUAUGUUUUAAGCGUGUUUGUUACUUUGCUUUCUCUUGUCGAUCUUCUUUUAUCAUGUGAAUUGAUUAAAGUUUGACCUCUAACACUCCUGCAAUGUUCUCUUAAACUACUAAUAUUUUAACAUUCUUAAUAAUCGUUUGCCCUCAGAGAGAUUUCAGAUUACUCUGCCUGAAGGGCCAGGGGCUGGAGGCUGCUCUGGGUCCGUGGGGUCGCGCCCCGCCUCGGGCUCUGCUCCGUCCCCACCCGGGGAGGCUCGCGGGGACCAUGGGCUGCAGAGAAAAAGCAGAACCCACCCCCACGUGGUCCGAUCCGUCUUCAGGCCCAGUUGAUCGAAAACCUUCUCACCUUCCUCUGUCGGGGCAUUUAAUCCUGUCACGCAAAAGUGAAGCCACCCAACCGCGACCUGGACCCCUGUACUCAAAGGGCUCUGGAAACGAAUGUCAGAGCCCUUCCCCCAGUCCGCGCCCUCCGCGGAGGAGAAACCCGUGCUGAUUGCAUUUGAAUAGGUCUAUUUUUUCAACCACUGAUUACUUUUCAGGAAUUUAAUUCUUUCCAAAUAAAUGUCUUUAUUUUAUAUUGUACAUGAGAAGUUUUUAAGAUACGUUUAAGACCCAGGAACAUUAAAGAGAUUUUUAACAGUCGUGGGGACGCCGGGAAUCGACACCGAGAGAAACUGUUGUGUUUUCCCCUCGCAGUGGAAAUGGUCUUUCAGAACCCGCUUGUAAAUAUAUUUUAAUCAUUAAUUGUAUUUUUUUUCCCUCGUCCGUUUUAAUUUGGAUGUCCACCACAGACGAUUUAAAUUCUGCAGAGGCACUCAGAAUUCACUGCAUCAGCAGGUGAUGUAGCCAAAACGCCAAGGUGAACAGCAUGUAAAAUCUCUGGCUUUUCUGCUGGAGAUCGAGUGAAGGAAAAUGGCUAAAGUCAGGAAGAACUAACGGGACUUGACUGACAGGAACUGUUUGCCGUCACGUGCUGCCGCUGUUUCUGAGGAACGCGAUGUGACUCCCUCUGAACAGCACUCAAGCCCGCACUCGGUGCGCCUUCCGGGUCCCACUUCCCUCCGGUCUUUUCUUCUGUAACGAUUGUAGCAGAGUCAAUCUCCAAUAAAGUUAUGCUCUGUUCAUUUUG